AUGAAAUGAAUGCCUGGGGAAAAAGUCCCAAAACACUUUAAACACUUUGGUGAAUAUUUUUUUCAGGUACAGCCAGCAGCAGCAGACCGUCUGCGGACCCAUUGCUGCCCGUGCUGCCCAUUCUGGACCCCACUGUGCCCCUGGACAGGCAGCAAUGUGUCCUGAAGGCAACCAAAGAGGCCAGGGCCUUUCACAGGCCCAAAGGCUUCCAAGCCAGCGCCGGUCCCAAGGACCUUCAGACGGCUUGUGAUGAAGCAAAAAGGAGAUGCCGGCUCGUCACUACUACCAGGCCCUCAAAGAAGCUCUACCUUGGCCAGCUGGUUAUUCCCUUUGGGAAAUAUGCUGGCCAAAGCUUCAUGUGGCUGGUAGCGAAUGAUGUGGGCUACUUAAAAUAUCUGCUUGACCGCCAUAUUGCGGAGAGCCAGGACCCGGGCAGGACAGGAGGAACCAGGGAGAAUGACUGGGUGAAGGACUGUCUCCUCCGUUAUGUGGAGUUUUUCCCCUCAGUCUCCUGCCACCUGGAGAAAAAUGUGGACAGGGCCAUUUAUGGACAGGGUCGCUUUAAGUCCUUCACCUUUCAGGAGAUGUGGCAGUGGUACAGCCUGCACAAGUGCCUUAAUGCCGACCCUCAAGCUGGCAGUGCCCAAGAGAGGAAGAUGGCAGAGGAGGCUUUCUCUUCUGUUCGCCAGUGGCUUGGAAUGAAGGAGGAGGACAUCAGCUCCAAGUCACUGAAGCGCUUCAGGAGAUUUAUUCUCGACAAAGAGAAACAGAAAGCCCCUACUGCAGCUGUACCAUCUUCGUCCUUGUCUGGUCCUGUCCCAUCGGAAACAGUGGUUCCUCCGUCAGCGUCAGUGGUUCCUCCGUCGGCGUCAGCGUCUGCUUCAGUGGCCCCUCCGACAGCAACAUCCCUGUCACCUUGGCAGGAUGAUACAUUGCUUUCAGAGGCUCUCGCCACUUUUGAAGGACAAGCUGACACUGCCAUGGCCCCUCCACCAGACCCUCCACAGCAGCCACAGACAGACCCCGUUCCACCAUCGCAGGAACCUCCAUCUGGUCCUCGUAAGAGGACGUCAAAGUCUGCGGCACUGCCACAGCCACAGCCAAUAGAAGCCACUGUCACGCAGCCUGAGGUAAUACAUGUACAAUACAGCUAA